AUGCAAAGAUUAAAGUCACAGAAUAUCUUUCAUAUACUUUUAUUAUUCUCUACGAUAACUUUGACGAGAUGCGCCUUAUUAGAAAUGUCCCGGGUGCUCUGGAACAAGACGGUAUCAGGUGAUCUGGCGAAGAUACGCAAGCUGGAUCCGUUGAGAGUGCCGGUAAUCAAAGUCGAUCAAUCCGAGGGUGAGACCAGUUACAGGGUAAUCCUGAGGAAUUUGGAAAUUGUCGGUCUCAACGAAUCGAUUUUGGAGAGCAUCCACGUCGCUCGCGGCCGAACUAAAUCGGACUUGAGCGAAUUCGAGGCAGGCUAUAUGAGCUACGGCAAUAUGAGAGACGUGGAUUCUAUCAGAUACAGAUUCCAUACCAUGAUGAGAGAACCUGAUAUACCAAAAGGAAGUUUCGAAGACGUCGUUUCGCCCGUGAAUCGAACCGUUGAUAUCAAACCGUCUUCGCAUUAUCAGGAAGCUCGUUUCGAAAAGCAAAAUAGUUCCAGAAUGUUUGAACAAAAUGAACAGUAUAACCGACGGACGCCUCUUCGUUCCGAUGACUUUCAUAGAAGCAGUUUAAAAGCGUCGAGCAAUUUUGAGACAAAAGUCGGGAAUUUCGAAGAUUUCAAGCGCCCGACUUAUGUUCAACCUAUUUAUGCACAGAGAGCGAGAGAUGUUCAAGGUUAUCAGGGAGGUUCACGAAUCAGUGAAGACAUAAUUGAUUGUGAGAAUACAAAGGGUUCCCAGUUUAGAGGAAAUCAGAAAGGCAGCCGGAAAUAUGAGCCACGACAAGACGCCAAUGACAGAUAUGGAAAAGGAAUUGAGGAUGUUGAGGUUUCUGCUUCGGAAACAGUCGAGACUAGGUUGAAAAAUCAGGGUGACGCAAGAGCGCCUACGUUGUUUAAUAGAGAACAGUCUUUCCGAUCAAACGUUACACCUUCGAGCAACAUUAAAUUAUCGAGAAACGUAAUGAGAGAGCGAACGGGUUACAUCGAUAUUGUCUACGCGGAUGACAAAGCUAACGGAAGUAUGAGACGUUUCGGUAACUUUGGUAAUAAUCCCGUAGAAAAUCGACAAGUAUAUGGGAUUGAGGAUGUCAUGAAGGACAUUCGGGAAAAUACAAGAUUUAUUAUUCACAAUUUUACGGAAGGCGAAGCCUUGAGGAAGAGGAAUGACAUGUUUAAAGCUGCAAUGGAAGCUAAAAAUUUAAAGAAUCUAACUAGAUAUGCGAAGGCUUAUCAAGAGCAGCAAGGAUACUUUGAAGAAGCAAUGCAGUUGAUCUAUCAUUAUGGUGGAAUGGACGCGAGAAAUAAUAAUCUAAAUGAUACGAAGAGAACGAAGCGAGCGCAUCCCGAAGAAACUGAUAAAGACGACGGGAUGCUUGUCAUUUUGAGAAUUCGCGUCCCGCUGCUUCGCGUGAAGUCUCAAUACACGCUUACGGGAAAAGUAGGAAAGGAGAUGUUACGUGGCAAUGGCCUGUUUACCGGAAACUUUACCGACGUAGUAGGCGAUUUUACACUAGAACUAAAGAAAAUGGACGAAGAAUUGAUGAUUGUUCGUGCUGCUAGAGCCAAAUUGUCCGCCAAGGACAAGAAGAUCAGUCUUCAGGGUAUGAAUGAGGCAGGACCGGUGCAAGUUAUUCUCAAUUAUAGUUUAAUGGCUGCGGAGGCAGUCGCCGCAAUGCUUGCAGAUGACUUUGCCACUAAGGGGCUCAGCGAGAAAACGACCGACGCGCUGAUCUACAAGAUGUAUAAGAAUUUAUCCGUCAAUUAACCAGUUUCCACUUGGCCCAUCAAGUGUUUGGGACA